UGUCACAGUCACCUGAUCUACAAGUGUCAUUACCUCUGGAAUCACGACUGGUGCCUAUUUCACAGCAACUGGCUUUACUGCUGGAUUUACUUCUACAGUACUGUGGUCACAACUAAUGUUUCAGCUACUAGAGUCACAACUGGUGUAUCGACCACUGGGGUCACAGCUGGUGCCUCUUUCACUGCAACUGGUUUUACUGCUGUGGUUUAUACUACUGGUGUCACAACUGAUGUUUCUGCUACUGGAGUCACAACUGGUGUAUCCACUACUGGGGUCACAGCUGGUGUAAUUAUUACUGGAGCUACAGCCUCUGUUAUUUUCACUGAAACCACAUCUGGUGUCUUAUUCACUGGGGUCACAACUAAUGUCUCUUCCACUGCAACUAACAUUGGUUUUGAUGCUAUUUCUGAUGUGAUGGAAACAACUGUAGUUUCGACUACUGGACUCACAACAAAAGUUUCUGCUACUGGGGUCACUGCUGGUAUAGCUACUUGUAACUGGUUCUGUCAUUUCAAUGGCCCUGAGUUCAGACUCUACUUGUGUUUGCAUCUCAGGAACAAAACCUCUAGAUUCUUUGAUUCAUCGACUUUAACAUUUGUUAAUGUUUGCUCUUCCUUUACUGCAAGUUCCAUUUCAUCAUUCAGACCUAUCCUGUCUGCUUUGUCACUUGCACCUUCUUCCACUUUGUUAUCAUCUAUUCGAAUAUCUAUUUCUUUGGGCAUUUCUUCAAGCUCUGGUGUAACUUCAUCCAUCUCUUCAGACUUUUCAACUAAUACUGUUCCUGGAAGUGACACCUCCUCGGCUGGUAUGUUCAAUAGUUUUUCCUCCAACUCUUCUCUGACAAAUAAUUCAGCUGCAGUUUCUGAAAUGUUUUCAGCCUCAAUAUUUUGAACAGCUUCUGAAUCUACAACAUCAAUACUCUUCUCUGCUUGUAUGUUCUCAAUUCCCUUCUGUGACAUUUUGCCCUCUUCAGUUUCUUGUAUUUUCUCACAGAUGUCCUCCACAA